AUGCAUUUUGGGACUCCCAUUCUGCUCACGGACUACAUGAAUGCGCUUCACGAAGCUCUCUCGUCUCGCAAAGUCAUGCCUCAGCUGAGCCGCAUUCCUCAUGUUGUGUCAUACAGGGAGCUUGUGCCGUGGCACACAGGACAUAAAGAAAAGCCGGACGACAGGAGCCUAAUACGAGCCAUAGAGGCACAGUCUAUAAUUUCUAUCUCUUUGGUUUCCGUGGUCUCCUCUUUGCUCUUGUGCAAAUUCCGUCAGGGCGUUUCCAUAAACGUGUUGUCAGCUGAUUGUCAAUGGUUAUGUGAUCAAAUAAUUGCUGAUGGUACGGAUGUGGUAGGGUGGCACAAAGGAGAAACAUGUGGUCGAGAUGCAGUUGAGUAUGCUCUGCCAUACAUAUGCGACUCUAUUGAUCGCCACAUUGACACUGAUUGUGAUGAAGACUGCAUUUACCCUAUUGUAACACAUCGUCAGCUAGUGAAUUUGGCAUAUAACAAAAAUGCGCUCGUUCCUUUGUUUGCUCUGCGAUCUGCCAUAGGAUUGAGCAUGAUCUCACGGAGUGCAGGUCAGCACCUUUUUGAGGAUGUUGUCGAAGAUGUAGCACUUAUAUGUGACUGGAUGCAGUUUGAAGUAAUCUUCUGCAAGCCAUGUGAGGAUCUUAAAGCAGUGAUAGCAGUCGCUCUCGGAAGGAGUGGUGUGAGCCAUGUGCAGCAUGGAGAGCUGAGUAUGCAUGGUGAUGAGGAAGAUUUAUAUGUUGGUGGCGAUGCACCUCAACUUCAGGUUCUUGACUUUUUCGCGCUUUUAAAUUGCAAAACAUUUAAUUCAAGGCAUUCGUCGGCGUUU